AUGUUGAGUGCUUUUAUUUUUCUUGGCUUAAUUGAAAUAAUCUUUUCUCAAAAUCCAUUGGUGAUCACAAAAUAUGGUCCUGUUGUUGGUACAACAUACACAACGACGAAUGGGGCGAAAGUCUCCGAGUUUAUCGGAGUCCCCUUUGCCGCGCCUCCAAUUGGGAAUCUUCGGUUUGAGAAACCCCAGACACCAGUGCCAUGGACUUCUCCAUUGACUACGAACAAGUACGCGCCGGGAUGUAUCCCGUGCUCAAGAGACGAUAGCACAUCCGAGGAUUGUCUCUACUUGAACAUUUGGACUCCAUCUUUAAAUAAUACACUUUACCCGGUUGUCGUCUACAUUCAUGGUGGUGGUUACACGAGUGGAAAUGGAUAUAUGGACAACAAUCAAGCUAGAGAGAUCUAUGCUCAAAUGGGAAUCGUUUUCAUCACAAUCCAAUACCGACUCGGAUUUCUUGGUUUCAUGACAUUGAACGACACGCGUUUACCGGCAAAUCUCGGGCUCUGGGAUCAGAAUAUGGCGUUGAGAUGGGUACAAGAGAAUAUCGGGAAAUUCGGAGGCAAUUCGAAACGAGUCACCAUUUGGGGCACUUCGGCUGGUUCGUCGUCGGUUGGGCAACACACUUUGUCACCGAAAUCACAAGGUUUAUUCCAACAAGCCUUUGAACAGAGCGCCUCUCCAGUGGCUGCUUUUGCUCGCGGAGAUUUCAAUGUGGAAUACACGAUGAAUAUUCUCGUUCAACUUGGAUGCCCACUUCAUGGGGAUGUCAAGAGCUGCCUUCGCACCAAGACAAUGGCCGAGUUUUGGCAAGUGACACAGGGUUGCACGAUGAGCGACUUGGACUUUAUCCCGCUUUCACCGAUGGUCGACGGGGAUUUCUUCGCAGAAGAACCAGAACAAGCCAUUUUACACGCUCCAGUAAUCCCAACUUUGAUCGGCCUCAACAUGAACGAGGGACGAUUGUUUGUGCUUCAAGUAAGCGAGCCAUUCUCGAUCGCGCCGAGUCUCUACGAUAUAAUGACCGAUGAUGUUUUCUAUGAUUUAAUCGAGCAAUGGGUUGCCAAUCGAGGUUACAAUGAACAAGCACAACAAGCUGCUGAAGAUAUCUUUCAAUUCUAUGCUCAAAACAAUCAAAACGCGAGUGAUCACUACUUUUGGAUCGAGCAAUGGACAAGGCUCUUCACCGACACUUUCUUCAAUGUGCCUGCGGUGCGAGAGGCGGCAUUGAAAUCUCAGGCGCAAUCCCCAGUGUACGCCUUUGUGUUGGACUAUUUCAAUCAGCAGACGUGGCCGGCAAACUAUCCGUGUCAAGGCUCCACCCACGGCUCCGAGGUUCCCUAUUGUUUCGGAGUGGGCGUCAAUUUCACGCCCACACAAGAAGAUAUCACUGUGGCGACUUACAUGAGAGAUUUCAUCAUUCAAUUCCUUAAGACUGGAAAUCCGAACAUCGCCGCUUUCAAAUGGGAUCCAUUCACUGCCAAUCAACUCCAAUAUCUCAGCUUUAAACCUAAACCUGCAAUGACAACAGGUCUCUUUGAUGAUAGCUACAAUUUUUGGACAAAAACGAUGCGAAAAUAUAAUUUUGAUUUUGUGACAAGGAGAGCCUGGGAUGCU